CGACCUAAACCCACAGGAAGACGGAAGCAAAUGCCGAGCACUUGCAAACUCAUCGCUGGAAUCAUCGAGGAGGGUGCAAGGACAUACGCCAAACGCUGGGAACUAUGACUUCUGUGGAUAGUCCAUAUUAAACCGUCACCGUAUUCUUAUUGUAAACCCUACAUUGACGUUACUCGCCUUCAGCCAUAUAGACGGGAACAGAAUGGCAUCGAUUUUUCUCACCAGGUCUCGGACACCGUUGUUGAAAACAUCUAGGUCAUUAAAGAACGAAUUCAGAAAAGGAAAGUUGACAGAAGGAGCAUGCUUUAACUGCAGUGCUCUGCGGUUAGCACCAAACAGCAGUCCUGUUGUUCUUGGAUGCAGUGUGCGGACUGUCCCGCACUCCGAUUUCUCCACGAAUCAGCUUCGCUUGACCAGGUCAUCUCGUCUCUACUGUGCCAUCCUUGUACCUGACCAUGUCCUGCCAGGCCACACCCACUCCACCCAUCACAGGACGAUAGCUUGGCCACAAAACACCUCCGUUCGAUGGGUGCAUACAACAGGCCGCCUCCAUGACGAUUCCAAAGUAGAGCGUUCUUUACGUUCACUGAAGGAUCGGAAUAAAAAGCUGGAGGAGGGUGGGCCGGUCUACAGUCCGACGGUGGAUGCAGAGCCAGUGAGACGGACUAUAGGGCAACGUGUGAUUGAUGAGGUGAAGCACUACUAUCAUGGAUUCCGUCUGUUGUGGAUAGACACAACCAUCGCUGUGCGCAUGAUGUGGAGGAUACUGAACGGAAACACUCUGUCACGCCGUGAGAGGAGACAGUUCCUGAGGACGUGCGCAGAUGUCUUCCGCCUUCUGCCCUUUCUGGUUUUUAUCAUCGUUCCAUUUAUGGAGUUUCUGCUUCCUGUUGUUCUGAAGCUUUUCCCUAACAUGCUGCCGUCCACCUUUGAGACACAGUCCAAAAAGGAGGAACGUCUGAAGAAGGAGCUGAGAGUAAAGCUGGAGAUGGCCAAGUUCUUGCAGGACACUAUCGAGGAGAUCGCACUGAGAAACAAAGCAGCCCAAGGCGAUGUGACCGAAGAGUUCUCCACUUUUUUCCAGAAGAUCCGGGACUCAGGAGAGAGACCCAGUAAUGAGCAGAUCAUACGUUUCUCUAAGCUCUUUGAGGAUGAACUGACUUUAGAUAAUCUGACGCGGCCGCAGCUGGUGGCCUUGUGCAAACUGCUGGAGCUUCAGUCCAUCGGCACCAACAACUUCCUGCGCUUCCAGCUCAUCAUGAAACUGCGUGCCAUCCGUGCAGACGACAAGCUGAUAGCUGAGGAGGGAGUGGACAGUCUGAAUGUGAACGAGCUUCAGGCGGCGUGUCGAGUGAGAGGAAUGAGAGCUCUGGGUGUGACGGAGGACAGGCUUAGAGAGCAGCUUAAACAGUGGUUGGAGCUUCACCUGAAUCAGCACAUCCCAACAUCUCUGCUGCUGCUGUCUCGAGCCAUGUUCCUGCCCGACACGCUGUCCCCUGCAGACCAGCUCAAAACAACCCUACAGAACCUGCCUGAGAUCAUGGCUAAAGAAGCACAGGUGAAGGUGGCAGAGCUGGACUUCUCCAAAGUGGAUAACAAGACCAAGCUGGAGGCCACGCUACAGGAGGAGGCAGCUAUCCGCGAGGAGCACCGAGAGAAGGAGCUGGAGAGACUGGCCGACGCUGCAGAGAAAGCAAAGGAACAGGCCGCACGGGAGGUGGAGGUGCUGGAUGCAGACAGACGGGUGGAUGCAGAACAUGCUCUCUCAAGUGUAGAUGUGGCCAUCCAUUCAGAAACAUUACGAGAUACCGCACCGGUCCUGGAGGGUAUUAAGGGAGAGGAAAUCACCAAGGAGGAGAUUGACAUGCUGAGUGAUGCCUGCACCAAGCUGAAGGAGCAGAAGAAACUCCUCACCAAGGAGAAGGAGGAACUGGAGGACCUCAAGGAUGAUGUGCAGGAGUAUAGCGAGGACCUGGAGGAGAUAAAGAGAGAGCUUUCCAAGACGGGGCAGGAGAAAGAGGUGCAGGAGUCUAAAGCAAGCAAACAUCUGUCAAAGCGAGUCAACCGCAUGAUUGGCAGAGUUGAUAAAAUCAUCAAUGAGCUAGAGAAGGACAAGGAGGUGCUAGAUGGUCAGAUGGACAGCAAAACCACACCACCAAUAGGAUUGUUCUUUGAAAAACAUAGUGACUUGCCAAGCAUGUUCCUGUCCUACAGGGAGAAUCUCGUGAGCAUCAACGAGCUCAUUGCUGUCAUGAAGCACAUCCAGAACAUUCCAGAACACAAGCUGCUGAGCAUCUCUGAAGCGCUCGAUGAAAACAAGGACGGCAAGUUAGACAUCGAUGAUGUCAUCAAGGUGGUAGAGCUGAUCGAUAAGGAGGACAUCGAUAUCUCCACCAACCAGGUAGCAGAGAUCAUGGUGAUGCUGCAAAAGGAGGAAAAGUUGGUGGAGAAGGAGAAAGCCAAGGAGAAGGCGGAAAAAGAGCAGGCAGCUAAACUCCAAAACUAAACUAGAAGUAAACGUCCCUGAAACUAUUGAAGACCAUGAAUGUGUUUAAGGUGUUUCAGAGUGAGACAGAAACUUAAGCUGUAAUUAUCUUUAUUUGAUAUGUUUUUCUUUUGGUUUGAUCAGAGAAAAUGUAAAAUGUCAAGAGAGAUCCUUUGAUCUGUUCUGUUAUACACAAAUUAGGAACAAAUUUUGCUUUGUUCAAAUAAGUUUUGUAAUGACUGAAUUGAAAAGUGUAUUUAUUAGUAGAUGAAAAGUACAUUUUAGGAAAUGCGGCAUUUCUGUGCAAGUAGUGACAGCAGAAAGAAUUGCAUUGGGAUUUGCAACUUGUUAAAAAUGGUCAUUGUUUUUACAUUUGUUUGGUGCUGCUAGUAGCACAGAAAUGAAACGUUUUAAGCUUUAAGAAACAAAAAGUUAUUUAAAAUGAAUGAAUGAAACAUUCUCCUCAUUUUAUCCUUUUGGCAGUGAUGUCAUUUCCCGAAAUCUGAGGUCAUUUCCUUUCUUCAUCGCCUGUCAUUGUCAUUCCACUAUUCAUUUAGUUCCUUCGGCUACUUUUUUAGUUCUCAGCGCAUUUUCUUGAGAUUCUCGAACAUUGCCCAGAUGAUGUUGAUAUCAUCCUAUGUUUAUUUUAAAACCAAAGAUUAUUUGUUAUAGAGUUUGCUUUUAAUUUUGUCUUGUGAAUACACGUUUAUCCCACUAAGCCCUGCACCUUGCAUGCUACACCGCAACGUUUAUUUUAUUCAGAAAUGUUUUGAACUGACUGAAGGCUAUCAUCAUGGAUUGAUUUUCAUAUUUACAUUUUGUGGCCUUAGAAACCAAGCAUCCCUUUCCCCCAAAAAGUGAAAUGGAGAUAUAAUAUAGCUAUAGAAAUAUUGAACAAUUUAUAAUUUCUUGGAUGUAACAGUAAAUGUCUGUGCUAUAGGACUCUUUAAUAUCCGGCUUGUGUUGGUGAUAGAUGGAGCAUGCUUGUGAAUACUUGACUGGGUGCCUGAAAUGGAUACGUGUUUGGAAUAUAUAGAGAAAACUUCAGUGCUCACCCCAUCCUCAUAAUAAGAAGCCCAUCUGUAUCAGCUCAGUAGAUGACCUGAAUACGUACUCGGUCCUUACAUGGAGAAGUGCGAGUGGUGGCAACGUGUUCUCAUGCACACGUAUGCACAGCUCCUGCUGACAGCGUGCAUUAACUGGAAUGCGUUGAUCAGCGCCACGCUCGCUGUUUUGUUGGCGUGAGACUGGUAGCGUAGCUUCACGGGGCACAUGGGCCGUGAAUACAUCACUCUCAACCCUAAACAUGUCACGCAGAGGGACCAGCAUGUCUAACCUGAAAACUCUGGGUUGUGUCUCAGACUGCCAGGCGACAGAUCUAGUUGUCUGAUUCAAGGUGCCUAUUUCACAUUGUGUCCCUUCACUUAGAGCUCUUUUACUUGCAGCCUGUGUGUUUAAGGUCUAAAUGCCAUCGAGAAACUAUUUUCACUCGUUAAUAUAACCAUAUCACAUAUUUGCGUUUGAACAGAGGUGAUGAUGUGUAAUUGCACAUUGUUGAUCUACUCAGGUGGUAUGUCUACAUUUGCACAUCAAGAGAUAUUUUGAGAGGACGCACACUUGAAUUUUUAUAGUUGUAGAUGGGACGAAGUAUUAAUAUUGUAGGAAGGUAUAAAAAUACUUUGCUUACUGUGUUUUUGUUAUGCAGAUUUUAAAAAUAUUUGGGAGAAUUCAUAAAGGAUGUAGACCACAGAUCUAAAGAAUUAAAUGGUGAGACAUGGGACAAUUAAUAUUUAUUAGCUUAGUCAAAGCUUGAGCCAAAUAAUUGAGCUAAAUGGAUCAAACUUGUUAUUAAUUCUCCCCUGUUGUAGUAUUCUUCUGGACUUUCUGUAUCUAGUUAUCUCAAAGAUAUCUAGUUUUCAUUAGCUAACUGAUGUUACACUAGUUAAUUGCAGACUAAAGAGUUUGACAACGGAGUAAUGUAGUAAAAACAUUAAAAUCAAUGUGAUUCAACACAAUACAAAUUAUAAUUUUGUUGUUCAGACAAUGUUUGUAAAUAUAAUUUACUUACCAACUUUGUUUUUUCCAAAGUUGUGAAUAAAAUCAAGCUAAUCUUUGAAAAGUCAAAUAAUGUUUCUUUUUCAUUUUCUUUGUCAUAAAUUCAUGUGCAUGGGCCAUCAGUCACUAUAUACUUUCACAUUUGUCUUUUCAUUUUUGCCUUUUUAUUUUUGUGUGUUAAGCACCCAUUACUGGCCAUUGACUGCAUGAAAUCAGAUCCCAGUUAUUCUCUCUGUAAUGCUGACACUGUUUGUAGAGAUUGUGACCACACAAGCGUAACUUGAGUUUCAAUCUGUUUGGUUGACAGUCAGGAAAUACUCCACUGCUUAUAGUUCAUGUUUUUUGACACUGAAUUUUAAAAAAGUGCUGCAAGUUUAAAGACUUGUGGAAGAAAAUAGGAACGUUUUAGGUUUUUUUAGCACACUUAAAGAGUAUAUAUUACGAGAUCAUGUAGAUUACAUUUCAUGCAGUGUGUAAUGUUGCCGCGUAUGAAUGUAAGCAGUCUGCCAAGUUGCAAAUCCGAAGGUGAAUGAAUAACCAAGUUAUUGGCUUGGAAAAAAGGGAGUCGACUCUGAAUCACGCAAACGAGUCGUCCCUAGUCCGAUUCGCGAACCUCCGCGGAUUUACGUCACUACAUACAGUCCCCGCCUACGUUUUGCUAGGACUGCCCGCGAAAACUUCACUCUUCUCCCCCAAACACUGUAGCCUCGUUCGCAGUGGACCAAUCAUAUUAGACUAGACCAUCUUACCAAUCAGAUCAGAGAACGCUGACGGAAAGGAGGAGAUUAGAUGGAUGAUUCGCCCAACGAAUCAUUUGAGAAUCAAGUCAAGAAGUAAGGUAAGAAUAACUGCCUAUUAUAACAAAAUAGGUUAAAAAGGUCUAGGCACAUUCGAAGUUGAUAAAAUAAUUGUGAUGUUUUACACAUUGACAUUAUUUGACGUUGACAUUUGCAUGCGAGGCUGUAAUAAAGCUUUAGCUCCCUUAACAAAUAGAAACUAUCCCAAAUAUAAUUAAACUUUCUAUAUUUAGUUCUGCUCGUUGUAGAUCUGAGAUUAUAACCGGUCACUUCUAAACUUCUGUACAUAACAUAACAUAACAAACAUUUAAUUUGGUGUCUUAGCUGUCUUACACGGAUGAGAAAAAGACUUAUAAAAGGGUAGUGUCAUUACAGGGACAGUUCCAAAUUGACUACCAUAGUAGGAAAAAAUGCUUUAUAAUUUCUUUGUUCUGUUGAACACAAAAGAAGACAUUUUGAAGAAUGUAGGAAAGUAAACCGUUCUGGGGCACUUUUGACUACCAUUGUCAUUUUCCCUAGUCAAUAGUGGCCAAGAACUGGUUACAAGCAUUCUUCCAAAUAUCUUUUUCUGUGUUCAUCAGAACAAAGAAAUUUAUACAGAUUUGGAACAACUCGAGGGUGAAUAAAUGAUGACGGAAUUUUUAUUUUUGGGCGAACUGUCCCUUUAAGGUUAUUUCGACUUUUUUAACAUUUAAUUUUUUAUGUUUCUGCCACAUCACUAGGGGGUGCUUCAGUCCUACACAUGCAGAAUUCUUAUUGUUAUUAUGGUCUUAGCAGUUCAGAAUGUGUGUGUGUUCAUGAGUAGAUCAUGUGCAAACUCAUGCCAGUUACAUAGCACUGGUUAAUAUCACAAACAAUCACUUUACCAGUAAGUAGACGAAUACCAGCCUAGCUCCCCAAACAGUCAUGUCAUCACAAGUGUCUUCAACUCAAACAGUUUGACACCCAGACUAAAAUAUGACUUGAAAUGAUGCCGUCCACAAUAAUAACCUGUAAGAAGAACUUCAAGUGGCCUAAAUAACUGAGGGGAGAGUGACAGUAAAUCAUGUUUCUCUAAAGGUAAAGUCACGCGGACUGAUAGCUGUGUAAAAGAGAUUUAUAUUUGUAGACUUGUUCAACAUCUGUGUGUCUACAUGUGAAACCCAACUUUUCUGCUUGGCUGCUUGAUGUGUCAUGGCUAGACGCUAAAAGACAUAUAAUGUACUGUAUGUAUUGUAGUUAGGGGUCACUUUAUUUCCAUAAUGUUGCUGAGAGCAAUCUCAAACAUUUUUAUGUGCAUGAUUUAUGUUGUGUUUUUAUGUGGUCUCACUCCUCUUACAUUUCUUUUUAUACUCUUGAAAUAUGUGAGGAGACAAGGAGAACUUGCUUAAGCUGUCUUAAGUUGCUGCUCAUUUUUACAAUAUGUACGGCACUUUUAUGUACGUGCCACAUUUAACUAAACAUAGUUCAAAACAUGUGAAGCUGCUGUAAGUGAUGCCAUUUAUUUAUAAGUAUGUGUUUUAUUUGUGCAUAAUAAUGUCUCUGUCAUACCCUAUAGGCUCUGUAAAUGAAAAGAUUGAGAUUCUGACCACGGCCCAUCAUGCCAUUUAGAAAGUCUGUAGGCAGAGUUAGGGGAGGACAGCAUGUUUGAUUGAACAAUGAUGGAUAAGGAAAAUCUGUUUGGAAAGAUUUUUACGAUUUCAAAAAACUCUGUUAAGUGGCGCCACAAUAGUUUACAGCAGCUUUAAAGGGAUACUCCAACCAAAAAUGAAAAUUCCGUCAUCAUUUAAUCACCCUCAAGUUGUUCCAAACCCGUUGAACACAAAGAAAGAUAUUUAGAAGAAUGUUAGCGACUGACAUUUCUGGGGUAGUCAAAAAUGGUAGCCAAAGUGUUUUACCUAAAUUCUUCAAAAUAUCUUCUUUUGUGUUCGACAGAACAAAAAAAUCGAUAAUUUUGUUCAACUAUGGUAGUCAAUGGUGCCCAAGAAAUCUCAGUUGCUAUCAUUUUUCCAAAUAUAUUUCUUUGUGUUCAUCAUAACAAAGAAAUGUGUACAAAUUUGGAACAACUUGUGGGUGAGUAAAUCAUGACAGAAUUUUUGGGUGGACUAUCCCUUUAAUUGGGAAUUUCUUUGGCAACUGGUGCUGGACAACUGUUUUUCUAUGUUCAAAUGUUUAACCCAGAUGAUCAAAUAAGGUUUUCAAGUAUGUAUUAUGAACCAGUUCCUACAGAGGUCACUCGCUGUACUGCACUUUCAGUGCUUUUCUGAAUGGGAAUUUCAUUGUGCACAUGCCACACAAAUGUACAUGCUUCCAUAGACAAUCUGCUUUAUUUGAUUUUUUGCACUAAAUAAGCAAUCAGGGUAAAUGUAUGUUCAUUUCUUUCAUCAGUCUGACAUAAAAUUAAACUUCAAAUAAACUUGCUUUAAAUGUC